GAUGGAGUAGUUUAAGACCAUAAAGGAAGUGUGUCUGGUAUGAAAAUGUUGUCCAAUUUGUGAAGAGUGACGGUCUUGUUGGGCAAGGAAGUCAAUGGAAAAGUCGCAAACAUGGCCGCAUGUCAUAUGGGUUGAGUAUGGAGGGAGAUUUUAUUGUACGUUACAUCCUGGAUUUCGGAUUCUUUUUGGGUUUUAAUUUUCAACCAGAAGUUCGAUGUGGGUGAAGAUUAAAACCAAGAAAUAAGGGGAAAAAAUGUCACUUUCCGGUUCUGCUGCGUGGACUUUCCACUGGGCAUGAAAUUUGAAGAUAGCACGAAACAACAAAGGCAACCAUCAUUACCAAUACCCCAUUUCUCACCAAAGCCCAGUAGAAAAAACAAUUAGUUGUUGCAGUUUCACAGAGAGAGAGAGAGAGAGAGAGAGAGAAAAGAGAGGGGUAAAGAGAGGCUUGAAGGGGGGAGAGAGAUGAUUGGACGGGGUGGCAUAAAGACAAUUUGAUAGCGAGAGACAGUUAUACAGAGAGAGAGAGAUAAGAGGGUAUGGCGAAGAAGGACGAUUAUGGGAGAGUUUCGGCGCCGGCGCCAGCACCAGCGCGUCCUACGAUAACGCUACCACCGCGUCCAUCCAUGGAGACCUUCUUCACGGGUGGGGCCGGAGCGAGCCCGGGACCCAUGACUCUGGUGUCCAGCUUCUUCUCCGACGGCUACGCGGACGGAGAUUGCCGGUCCUUCUCUCAGCUACUCGCCGGAGCCAUGGCCUCCCCGCUCGCCAGGCCUAGCUUCUUUGCCGACAAUUCCACCGACAGUUCUUCCGCGGAACAGGGUUCCGAUACGGGUUCUGGGUUUAAGCAGGGCAGGCCCAUGAAUUUGAUGGUUGCUCGGUCACCAUUGUUUACAAUUCCACCUGGGUUGAGCCCCUCUGGCUUGCUCAACUCGCCUGGGUUCUUUCCGCCGCAGAGCCCCUUUGGAAUGUCCCACCAGCAAGCCUUGGCGCAGGUUACAGCUCAAGCUGCACUAGCCCAAUCUCAUAUUCACAUGCAAACUGAAUAUCAACCUUCUUCAGUAGCAGCUCCUACAGAGUCCUUGACACAUAAUCCACCCUAUAUUCUAACUGGAGCUUCACAACAGCAGACGGCACCCUCAACAUCGGACCCCAGAAGUUCCAUGAUGGAAUCAUCAGAAGCCUCUCAUGCUGAUAGGAAAUACCAACUUCCUUCCGCUGCAAUUGAUAAGCCUGCUGAUGAUGGCUUCAACUGGCGUAAGUAUGGGCAGAAGCAGGUUAAAGGCAGUGAGUAUCCACGUAGCUAUUAUAAAUGUACACAUCAGAGUUGCCCUGUCAAAAAAAAGGUUGAGCGUUCUCUGGAUGGCCAAAUAACUGAAAUUAUCUACAAAGGCCAGCAUAAUCAUGAACCGCCUCAACCCAAUAGGCGUGCAAAAGAAGGUAGUGAUAUAAAUGGAAAUAUAAAUUCUCUAGCUAAGCCAGAUCUGGGUUUGCAAAGUCAGACUGGAAAUCGGAACAACUCAAGUGAGAUGGUACCUGUUUAUUCAGUUCCUGACGGGGAUCAGGAAUCUAGUCAAGCUGCACCCAGUCAAUUACCUGGAUCAAGUGACAGUGAGGAAGACGGCGGUGUAGAAACAAGAGGAGAGGGGGAUGGUGAUGAGCCAAAUCCAAAGAGAAGGAUCGCAGAUGCUGCGACAUCAGUUGUAACUUUGUCACACAAGACUGUAACAGAAUCAAAAAUCAUCGUGCAAACAAGAAGUGAAGUUGAUCUUUUAGAUGAUGGCUACCGAUGGCGCAAGUAUGGGCAGAAGGUGGUCAAAGGCAAUCCCCAUCCAAGGAGCUAUUACAAAUGCACAAAUGCGGGAUGCAAUGUCCGUAAGCAUGUUGAGAGAGCUUCGACAGACGCCAAAGCCGUCAUAACUACGUACGAGGGAAAGCACAAUCACGAUGUCCCAGCAGCUAGAAACAGCAGCCACAACAUGGGCAAUAGAAUUGCACCACAAAAGGUGGUGGCUGAGAAACAUCCACUCCUUAAAGAGAUGGAUUAUGGAAAUAAUGACCAAAGACCAGUACUUCUACAGCUAAAGGAAGAGCAAAUCACAGUGUAAAGUGCUCUGUUGACAUCUCUCAUGCAACCACCAGGUGAGCGGUUGAUUCCGGCGGACUAACCUGGCACAAAAUGAACAAGUGUAGAAUAAAGAAAUCACAUGAAAGGUUUACUUUUGCUCAGUGGAAAUAGUUGCUGCAUGUAUGAUUUUGUUGAUGAUGAUAAUGAUGCUUUUGCUUAUACAGCCGCCUGCUUUUGUACAUUUAAAUUCAGAUUUGGUCUCCUACAUGAUUUUGUCACACUUAAAAUAGGAGAAUGACUAUAACUCACAUAUGGGUGUAGCUUAAGACUUAAGUUCCUUUGUUCCCAGUACUGUAAUUUUGUUAUAGGGGCUGUGGUGUAAUUGGCAAUUAGAGUGAAAAGCAAAAGAGCCAUACUUAUAUAUGUAUGUUUACCGACAAACUUUGUUAUGUAAUUUGGUAUACAUAAUUAAUGUUGUAUUUUUUUUU